AUGUCUCGACAUGAGCAGCGGAAGCAGCCCAGCGCCGCCACUGCCGCCCGCAAGCUGCGCAAGUCCUGCUCGCUGCCGUCGUGCUCGAGCGCGCAGGGCACCUGCAUGCACUGCACGUGCGACGGCCGGUGCGGACGCCACCCCGCGGGCCGCUGCGGCAGCCGCCGAGAGGGCUCCGGCCGCGGCUGCAAGCGCGAGGGCUGCACGCGCGACGACCGCUGCCUGCACAGCAACCGCGCCACGUGCUGCCACUGCCGCAACCUCGUGUCCUCCGCGGGACGAGCCGCCAAGCGCCCGCGCGUCACAGCGUCGCUGCAUGUAGCGCAGGCUCGACUCCAGCUCCUGACCGCCCCAGCGCCUCCUGUCUACCAGCACCGCCAACUCGCUGCUCCAGCUGCCGCGGCGACUAGCAAGGCACAGCAGGCGGACGAGCAGCUCGAGGCCGAGCUGCGCGCGUUCCUGCAAGAGGCCAACCUGGGCGGAGACCUGUCGCUCUGCGAGUUCAAGGAGUACGCGUCCCGGCGCCAGUACUGCAACCUGGUGGUGCUGGUCUGCGGCACGCAGUUCAACCUGCACAAGCACCCGAUGCUGCUGGAGAGCCGCAGGCUGCGCAGGAUGGCGCGCCAGGCUCUGGACUCCAGCGCCGCAGACAGCAGCAGCAACUUUGGUGGCGCCGUGCCUGUUCUAGAGCUGUCCGCGUUCCCAGGCGGCGCCGAGAUGUUCGAGACGCUCGCCAUCUACUGCUACUCGGGGGAGAUCUCCUUCUCGCUCGCCAACGUCGCGGCCAUGAACUGCGCCAUUGAGUUCCUCGAGAUGCGCGACGACAUCCGACAGCGCGCCAAGCGGUUUCUCGAUCACCAGAUCAGCGAGGGGAGUGGAAGUUUGAGCAGGCUCUUGCAAGUGGUCAACGCGGCGCAGACGCUCGCACAGGCGCAGCCAGAGCUCUUCCGCUCGGCGUGCGAGACACUCGUAGAAACGUGCAUGGCUGCGCUGGUAGCACGGGGGGAAACGCUGGACGUUGACGCCAUGCAGCAGCUCUUCGCGCUGCCGACUGAGCUCUUCCUUGAGCUCACGCAACGCGUGAUUUCCGCCAAGCCGCCGACCUCCUCCUCCGUGCGCACAACGUCCGAGAUCGCAAGCGAGCUGUGCGUCCAGGCUAAGCUUGCGCAACUCCACCGAGACGCGCAGCGCCCGGCCCACUGCAACCGGUUACUGGCGCAACAGUGCGUGCACCUGCUGCAGGGCGUCUCUAUCGAAGCCGUCGAAGCGAUCAAGGCCGAGAAGCAGGCGCUGUGCCAGGAGGAGCCGCUGGAGCUGGCCAUGCUGUUCACCAGCGACAAGUCGGACAAGAUGCUGAUGAAGCUCAUGGACGACGACCUGUCCUCCUGCGCGGUGUCCUCCCCGCGAGCCGACGCGUCCAUCUGCCUCGCUGCCGACACCUUCCACUUCGGCGCCCACACGCUGCCGGAGACCUUCGUCGUGUAG